GAUCCGUUCUUUCUGCAGGCCGAGCGUUCAGGUGACCCGGGAUCAUCAUGGAGCUGGUCCACCUGAACCUGAAGACUCUGCUGCUCACCAUGAUGAUGUUCAAAUGGGGGAUCCUGUGUAACGCCACGUCGGACCGCUGUCUGUCCUCUCCCUGUCAGAACGGAGCUUCCUGCGUGGACAACAUGGACGACUACGCCUGUAUCUGUCCCAGCGUGGGGGUUAGAUUCAUGGGUAAAAACUGUGACGAACUGUACGACGCCUGCUCCUUCGCUCCGUGUGAGAACUGCACCAGCGUCCCAGGAACCUCGGAGUACCACUGCACGUGCCCGGAGGGCCUAAGCGGUGAUAACUGCACUGAGGAGAUCAAUGAGUGUGAGAGUAACCCGUGUUUUUAUCCUCGCUAUUUAUGUGUUGACCGUCUCAACGGGUACUUCUGCAGAUGUCCUGAAGGUUACGGCGGUCGGGACUGCAGGACACACGUGACGGACUGUAUCGAUGAACCGUGCAGGAACAAUGGGACGUGUGUGCUCCGGCCGGAGGGCUUCGAGUGUCACUGCGCUCCGGGGUUCGAGGGGGAAACGUGCGAGGAGGACGUUGACGAGUGUUCGUCAGAGCCGUGUCAGAACGGAGCCAUCUGUGUGGACGGCGUGGCGGAGUUUCACUGCUUUUGCGUGCCCGGGUUUCAGGGUUACAACUGUGAGAUCGACAUCAACGAGUGUGCAUCACGACCAUGUGAGAACAACGCCACCUGCAUCAACGAGAAGGACCACUACGAGUGUGAGUGUCUGCUGGGGUUCACAGGUGUUAACUGUGAACUGGAGAUCGACGAGUGCGAGUCCGACCCGUGUCAAAACGGGGCAACCUGCCACGACCUGAUAGGCAUGUACUCCUGCGAGUGUCUGCCAGGUUUUGAUGGCGUCGACUGCGAGGUGGAUGUUGACGAGUGUGCCAGUGAUCCGUGUCAGAAUGGAGCUGUGUGCCAUGACCUGGUCAACAGUUAUGAAUGUGACUGCAGCGAUACAGGAUUUGAGGGGGAUCACUGUGAGACCGACAUCCCUGAGUGUGCCUCGGACCCCUGUCAGCACGGGGCCACGUGUGUGGAGGGAAUCAACGGGUACGCCUGCCUCUGCUGGCCAGGUUACAAGGGGCCGAACUGUGAAGUAGAUAUCGACGAGUGCGCCGACCACCCCUGUGAGAAUGAUGGCGAGUGUUUCGAACGCUCAGAUCCGUCUCACUGGGAACUCGACUGGGAGCUGAGCUUUGCUGACGCCGCAGGGUACAUCUGUCAGUGUCAGCCGGGCUUCGCAGGAGAGAACUGCUCAGUCAACAUCAACGAGUGUGAGUCUGAACCGUGUCAGAACGGAGCGACCUGUGAGGAUCAGAUCAACGGGUUCAUCUGCACAUGCUCAGAAGGGUUUCUAGGUGACCUGUGCGAGGUGAACAUCGACGAGUGCGAGAGUCAGCCGUGUCAGAAUGGCGGCUGGUGUGAAGAUGGUCGAGCAUCUUACACGUGUCACUGCCCAGAGGGGGAGCCGGAUGAGCUCCCGUGGGGUGGCGAUCACUGUGAGGUCAGGCUGCACGGCUGCAUCGACCAUGAGUGUCAGAAUGGCGCCACCUGUCUGCCUCGGCUGGAGGACGGCGAGCACGUCCACACCUGCCUGUGUCCUCAUGGUUACUAUGACGACCUAUGCUCCACCAGAACGACCUUCUCCUUCUCCUCGCCGGGUUUCAUCCACAUCAGCCUGGAGCUGGAGGAGCGCCGCCGUAGGGAGGUGGAGCACCAGCGUCACCGUGGUCACGGUGUCCAGCUGCGCUUCAGGACCACCCUCCCUGACAUGCUGCUGGUCUUCAGAGGAGACGAGGACACUCACCUGCUGAUGGAGAUCGUGGGCGGAGUCCUGCACGCCAAGGCGUCAUCAGAGGACACUGACCUGGACGUGUCGUUCCCUGGGCGAGUCAGCGACAGCGUCUGGAGGGAUGUCCACGUGUUUGUGGACCACGAGGGUCUGACUCUGGUACUGAAGGGUCCUGGCUGUGACAGGGACGGCUGCAGGGUCUCAGACGGGGGCACUGAUGAUCCGCCCUUCACGCCCACAGAGGCCUUCACACAGGUGUAUGUGGGUGGAGCUCCAGACGAGCUGUUGGCGCUCUCCGUGAGUGCCACAGGUUUCAUCGGCUGUAUGGAGGACCUGAUGAUCGACUCCAAGGCCAUCCUCCCUCAGAGUCUUCCCGAGGACCAGGGACACGAGCUAGGCUGCUCCAAGACUGAGUGGUGCGACCCGGACCCCUGCAGCGGACACGGACUCUGUGUGGACCUGUGGACCAGUUACUACUGCGACUGCUACAGACCGUUCCACGACCACAGCUGCUCCCAAGAGUUUCCGUCAUGGACGUACAGCCAUGAGGACUCUCUGAGCUUUAGCUCCUACGACGUGAUGAAGAGUCACGGCGGCAGCUUCAAUGUCUCCUUCUUCCUGAGGACGCUGAAGACGGAGGGGCUCCUGUUCCAGCUGAGGAAGCCAUCAGAGGACGGCCCGGAGGUCUACUUCACCAUCUACCUGGGGAUGGGCCGGGUCCUGGUCAGCUCACUCCCUAACAGCUCCCCCCUGACGGCGCCUGUGUUCGUGAGCAGUGGCGAGAAGAUGCUGCUGCAGGUGGAGGUCAGACAUGGCGAGGUCAUCUUUGAGCACGCCGGCCUCAGGUACGGCGUCGGGGAGAUCCCUGAGGUAGAGGUGAAUGAAGGGGACCAGGUCUAUGUAGGGGGACUACCUGCAGACCUGGACUCAGGGACCUGGGGGGGCUACUAUAAAGGCUGUCUGCAGGAUCUACGGCUGGACUCGGUUCACCUGGACGUGGACGCCUGGAACAGCUCCGAGGACGAGGAGGUUUAUUUACCGGGCGAUGCUGAGAGCGUGGAGGCGGGAUGUGUCAGUGAUGACACCUGUAAGGCGGAGCCUUGUCUCCACGGAGGAGAGUGCAUCAUCACCUUCAACGACUUUAAAUGCUCCUGUCUGGAGGAAUACCGAGGAAAGAUCUGUGAGACCAGAGUGUGGUGUGUCAGCGACCCGUGUGUGAACGGAGGAGUCUGUGUCGACCUGCCCGACGGAUAUGAGUGUGUCUACAACGCCACGUUUGAGAACAACCCGGUCCACUACAGCGCCGCUGGCUCUCUCUCUGACCCCGUCUCUGACGUCUACCUGGAGCUGAGGACUCGCUCGGAGAACGCCGUCCUGCUGAGGGCGUCCUCGGGCUCGGACCUCCUCCUGGUGGGUCUGCUGGACUCGUCAGUCCAGGUGGAGAUCCACAUGGGGAACAGCGUUGAGGCGCUGACCUUCACUGGCGUGCGGCGGGUGGCUGAUGGGAACUGGCAUCGUGUGAACAUCUCGCGGGCGGAGCGUGGGCGUAAAGUGUCUCCAUGGGUCAUCACCGUGGAUGGGAUCACCGACGUCAGCAGCCUACCGCAGAGAACAGGAAGUCUGCGGUUCCUGAAUGAGAAGGGCGCUUCGGUGGCAGUGGCUGAGAGCUUCACUGGGUGUCUGGGUGCAGUCAGAGUGGGCGGAGUCUACCUGCCGUUUGUGGACGACUAUAAACCCCCUCAGAAGUCUCAAUUCCACCUCCAGGGUAAACCGGAGAUCGCUCUAGGCUGUAGCAGCGCCCCCGUAUGUGCGUCUGACCCGUGUCUAAACGGCGGCAUCUGUGAGGACAUGUUUAACAUGUUUAGGUGUGCGUGCGACCUCGGCUGGGGCGGAGACACGUGCGAGACGGACGUGGACGAGUGUGCGUCCCAGCCCUGUGUCCAUGGCCGCUGUAAGGACUACCUGGCCGGGUUCGAGUGCCGCUGUCACCCCGGGUAUGUUGGGACGCUGUGCGAUGAAGACGUGAACGAGUGCGAGCAUCACAGCUGUGAACACGGAGGAACGUGUGAGGACGGUGUCAACAGCUACACGUGUGUCUGCCCCCCCGACUACAGAGGCCCACGCUGCCAGUGGAGCUAUCCUCCCAUCCAGUGUGACGUAGACGUCCAGUGUGCCAACGACGGGAUCUGCACCGACGGGCUGUGGGGCGCCAACUGCACCUGUAUGCCUGGGUUCACCGGCACCAGGUGUGAGCUGGAGAUCAAUGAGUGCGAGUCAAACCCGUGCAGAAAUGGAGGAUCUUGUCUGGAUCGAUUCAACAUGUUCGUCUGCGAGUGUCCGCCCGGAUACAUCGGCCCGAUCUGUGACACCAACAAACAGGCCCACUAUCAGGGCGUCCCAUGGCUGGUGGUGGCCAUCCCCCUCCUCUGCUGCUGCGUGCUCAUCCUCAUCAUCGGCCUCACCUUCAUGGUUCUAACGGCCAGGAAGAAGCGCCAGUCUGAGGGCGUGUACAGCCCCAGCGCUCAGGAGCUGGCGGGGGCUCGGCUGGAGAUGGACAGCAUGCUGAAAGUGCCGCCGGAGGAGAGACUCAUCUAA